CUCGCCUGAGAAACACAUCGCACCUUGUCUUGCACACAGAACAGGGAGCGAUAUCUUCUAUUUUAUAUACAACGAAAAAAAAAAAACUAAAAUUUCCAUCGGAGAAUUUCUUAAGCAUGAACUGUUUUGUACUGAAUCUUAAUUGAUUGUUGGCUCCAUUUUGAAUUUUUUUAAUCUAUUGGGACUUUGGAGAUCCGCAUACGCAAUUUUAUCGCUCCCAUUUCUUCUGCUCAUUCGACACCGAUGCAGUGAUUUUUUUUUUUUUUUAUCAGAUGGAAGCCUGAAUCGAUGUGGAGGAAAUCAACCAGGUUCAUCGGUGAGGUUGACCUGUCAAGGGGCGCACAAUGGUCCAUUUCUCAAGAUUAUGGAUCAAUAUGUCAAAACGGAUGUGAAUUGAAGGUUUGUGAACACUGAGGGCCCUAUUCGGGCCUGCACGUUAACACUGCAAAGUGCACUUUUUUUGUCUACUUUUGAUUAGUGCUGACUUUAGGCCUACACAAUGACUUUUAACUAGACUUAAAUGUCCCUGACAUUAAUGAUCCUAUAUACCCCUAAUGAACUCUCUGCUGUACAGCUCUACACAUGGCUGCAAUUUAUAGAUACUUUGAUGACUUGGCCCCACUGUAGCACACCUGGAUCCCGCUGAAGGUUUUUUAAGCUAAACAGUAGCCUUAUUUUUUUUUCAUAGACCAGUAUCUGGGCCUUAGCGACUCCCUUUAUCGUUCCGAUUUGUGUAAUUAGAUUUUGAAAAAGAGUCGGCCGUAACGCAGGCCCUCUCCCUCUCUCAGUGAAUAAUGAGUAAAUUACCCCAAAUGCAUAGCAGUCCUGUAUGUCAUAGAGAGCUCUGUUACACUUUAGGAGCACAUCACUAAGAGAGCUGACUUAUUUUAGUUUUCGACUAGUUCUAUUGUUAGUUCUAUCUUCCUUUACCAUUCACAAUGAGCUUCUCAAUGCGGAACGGCGCACAUCUAAUCUGGAUAGGCUUGCUGGUUUGUUGCCUUGUCGACAUGGGGGCCAGUAUGGAGUUCACCGGCGCAGAAGGCCAGUGGGCAAGGUUUCCUAUGUGGAACGCCUGCUGUGAAAGCGAAAUGAGUUUCAACAUGAAGACCAAAAGCGCUCAUGGACUUUUAGUGUACUUUGACGACGAGGGAUUCUGUGACUUCUUGGAACUGCUCAUCCACAACGGUAGACUCAGUUUGCGGUUCUCCAUCUUCUGUGCUGAACCGGCGACGGUGCUCUCCGAUACCGCCGUCAACGACAGCCGCUGGCACGCCGUGACCUUGCGCAGGAAUUUCAAAAACACUACGUUAGUUGUGGACGAAGAGAUCAAGUGGGUGGAGGUUAAGUCAAAAAGGAGGGACAUGACUGUCUUCAGCCAUUUAUUCUUAGGAGGGAUACCUCCUGAACUGCGAUCUGUAGCAUUACGCCUCACGUCUUCAGCCAUCAAAGAUCAGGUCCCCUACAAAGGAUGGAUAACCAAUCUGAGGGUGAACAGUUCCGAGCCGCCGCUUAUCGGUAGUGAGGGAAUCAACAGCGACAUUUGCGAAGCAGACCACAUUUGCCUGAAUGGAGGAGUCUGCAGCAUCGUCAACGACGAGCCCAUUUGUGAUUGCUCCGAAACAGGAUUCCAGGGAAAAGACUGCAGUGAAGAAGAGGCCUAUGUAGGAGGUCUUGCGCACCUGAUGAUGGGCGACCAAGAGAGAGAAGAGUACGUGGCCACCUUCAAGGGUUCAGAGUAUUUCUGUUACGACCUGUCCCCGAACCCCAUCCAGAGCAGUAGCGAUGAGAUUACGCUCUCCUUCAAGACCCUGCAGCGCAAUGGACUGAUGCUCCACACCGGAAAAUCUGCAGACUACGUCAACCUGGCGCUGAAGAAUGGUGCUGUCUCGCUGGUCAUCAACCUGGGCUCUGGGGCCUUCGAGGCCCUGGUGGAGCCCGUCAAUGGGAAAUUUAAUGACAAUGCCUGGCAUGAUGUGAAGGUUACCAGGAACCUUCGUCAGCACUCAGGCAUUGGACACGCUAUGGUUACAAUAUCCGUGGAUGGAAUUCUGACCACCACUGGAUAUACACAAGAGGACUACACCAUGCUAGGCUCGGAUGACUUUUUCUAUGUCGGGGGUAGUCCCAGCACUGCCGAUCUGCCCGGAUCCCCCGUUAGCAACAACUUUAUGGGCUGCCUGAAAGAGGUUGUGUACAAGAACAACGAUGUAAGGCUCGAGCUAUCUCGACUGGCCAAGCUAGGCGACCCCAAAAUGAAGGUGAGCGGCGUGGUGGCCUUCAAAUGCGAGAACGUGGCUACCCUAGAUCCUGUCACCUUCGAGACGCCAGAGUCAUUCAUUACCCUUGACAAGUGGUCUGCCAAAAAAGCCGGUUCCAUCUCCUUCGACUUCCGCACCACUGAGCCCAACGGCCUUCUCCUCUUCAGCCACGGAAAACCCAAACCGCAGCAGCAGAAAGACCCCAAGAGCCCCAAAACCUUGAAGGUGGAUUUCUUCGCCAUUGAGAUGCUAGAUGGCCACCUGUACCUUCUGCUCGACAUGGGCUCAGGCACCACCAAAACCCGUGCCGUCAACAAAAAAGUCAACGACGGGGAAUGGUACCACGUGGACUUCCAGAGAGACGGAAGAUCAGGCACCAUAUCCGUCAACUCGAUCCGUACUCCCUACAACGCUCCCGGUGAGAGUGAGAUCCUGGACUUGGACGACAUACUCUAUCUGGGCGGCCUGCCAGAGGACCGUGCCGGUCUGAUCUUCCCUACGGAGGUCUGGACUGCGCUCCUAAACUACGGCUAUGUGGGCUGCGUGCGAGAUCUGUUCAUGGACGGCCAGAGCAAGGACAUCCGGCGGAUAGCGGAGGCCCAGAGAGCAGUCGGGGUGAAGCCGUCCUGCUCUAAGGAACCUCCCAAACAGUGUCUAAGCAACCCCUGCUUGAACAGCGGCACCUGCAGAGAGGGCUGGAACCGAUAUGUGUGUGACUGCUCAGGGACGGGCUAUCUGGGACGCUCCUGUGAGAGAGAUGCCACCAUCCUCAGUUAUGACGGCAGUAAGUUCAUGAAGAUCCAGUUGCCAGUAGUGAUGCACACAGAAGCAGAGGACGUGUCGCUGCGCUUCCGUUCCCAGCGUGCCUAUGGUGUUCUCAUGGCAACAACGUCCCGGAACUCAGCAGACACUCUGAGACUGGAGCUGGAUGGAGGGCGUGUUCGACUCACUGUCAAUCUAGACUGUAUCAGGAUAAACUGUACAACCAGUAAAGGUCCAGAGACCAUAUUUGCGGGCCAGAACUUGAAUGACAACGAAUGGCACACAGUUCGUGUCAUCAGAAGAGGCAAAAGUCUGAAGCUAAUGGUCGAUGACCUGCAGCCCUCUGAAGGUCAAAUCACGGGAGACCACACGCAGCUGGAGUUCCACAAUGUGGAAACGGGAAUCGUAACUGAGAAGCGUUAUAUGCCCGCUGUGCCCUCCAACUUCAUUGGACACCUGCAGGGUUUGUCCUUCAAUGGCAUGUCCUACAUUGACCUGUGCAAGAAUGGCGACAUCGACUACUGCGAAUUGAACGCCAUGAUCGGCUACAGGAGCAUCGUGGCAGACCCAGUGACCUUCAAGUCUCGCUCUAGCUAUGUGACCUUGCCCACGCUUCAGGCCUACUACUCCAUGCACCUGUUCUUCCAGUUUAAAACCACUUCACCAGAUGGGCUCAUACUGUACAACCGAGGAGAUGGCAAUGACUUUAUAGUAGUAGAGCUGGUUAAAGGAUAUCUCCAUUAUGUGUCAGACCUGGGAAAUGGAGCUCAUCUCAUCAAAGGAAAUUCCAACACACCACUGAAUGACAAUCACUGGCACAAUGUGAUGAUCUCACGAGAUACAAACAACCUCCAUACGGUCAAAAUAGACACCAAAAUCACCACACAGACUACCAUGGGAGCCAAAAACCUGGAUCUGAAAGGUGAUUUGUAUGUGGGAGGUGUGGCCAAAGAGAUGUAUAAGGACUUGCCAAAGCUGGUGCAUUCUAAAGAGGGCUUCCAGGGCUGCUUGGCAUCUGUCGACCUGAACGGCCGUUUGCCAGACCUGCUGUCAGAUGCACUGUCCAACGCCGGCCAGGUGGAGAGAGGAUGCGAAGGUGAGGAAAACGGCCCCAGCACUACCUGUCAAGAGGAUUCCUGCUCCAAUCAGGGCGUGUGUCUGCAGCAGUGGGAGGGGUUCAGUUGCGACUGCAGCAUGACAUCAUUUGGAGGGCCGCUCUGCAAUGACCCGGGAACCACAUACAUAUUCGGACGUGAUGGAGGGCUCAUUGUGUACACAUGGCCGCCCAACGACAGACCGAGCACACGAGCUGACCGACUGGCUGUCGGCUUUAGCACCCAGCAGAAGGAUGCAGUGCUGGUUAGGGUGGACAGCUCUUCCGGCCUGGGAGACUACCUGCAGCUUCAGAUUGAAAGAGGCAAUAUCAAAGUGGUGUUCAAUGUGGGCACCGAUGACAUAAACAUUGAAGAAACCUCAAAGUUUGUAAAUGAUGGAAAGUACCACAUAGUUCGCUUUACGAGAAGUGGUGGUAACGCCACCUUGCAGGUGGAUGAUCUGCCAGUCAUUGAGCGCUACCCAACAGGCAACAUUGAUAACGAACGCCUGGCGAUUGCUAGACAGCGAAUCCCAUAUCGGCUUGGUCGAGUAGUUGACGAAUGGCUACUCGACAAAGGUCGGCAGCUCACCAUCUUCAACAGUCAGACCACCAUAAAGAUCGGAGGCUGGGAGAAGGGCAGUCGGCCCUUCCAGGGCCAGCUCUCAGGGCUUUACUACAAUGGCCUAAAAGUGCUCAACAUGGCCGCCGAGGGCGACCCCAACGUACGUGUGGAGGGUAGUGCCCGGCUGGUGGGAGAUAUGCCCUCCUCGUCCAUUACGCCCCAGUCCAGCGCCUCAGCCACAGGCAACCGUUCAGAAACGUCGCCCUCCAUCACCGACAUCACCACUACGACCGCAUCCAACCGCCAGGGCAAGCAGACGACAACUCCACAGGAUGAUCUUCUGGUAGCGUCGGCAGAAUGUCCCAGCGACGAUGAGGAUAUUGACCCUUGCGACCCAAGUUCAGGUGGGUUAGCUCACCCUCCACUGCCCGAGGCCAAGGGUUACCCCAGCCCGGAGGUGAUUCGGGAGUCCAGCAGCACCACGGGCAUGGUCGUAGGCAUUGUCGCGGCAGCCGCCCUCUGCAUCCUAAUCCUGCUCUACGCCAUGUACAAAUACCGAAAUCGCGACGAGGGCUCGUACCACGUGGACGAGAGCCGUAACUACAUUAGUAAUUCCGCCACGCAGCCCAACGGAGCCGCUGUCAAAGAAAAGCCCAUUGGCGUGCCCAAAAAUAAAAAAGAUAAAAAGAACAAGGACAAGGAGUACUAUGUCUGAUCUCACAGACUUUCUCCCCCCCUUACAACCCACCCACAGAUCCUGUGCUCCGAACUCACACGCAAAAGGGGAGGGAGAUCCACCUGUGUAUAGUAAUUGAGAAAAAAAUACAUCGAAAAAGACAAAACUGUCUUAGUUUGACCUAAGACACAAUAUACUGUUACUAACAACAAGAAAACAUACUUUAUAACCAAGCACACCAGAACUUUACUAAGCUGAAAAGUGUGUACAAAACGAAACAGAACUGUGCAAGAAGACUCCACGUAGUCACUACAGUUGUGGAUCACUGAGAGACAAGGCCGCUGGUUAGAAUUAAGUGUAUUUCAUAUUAUGUUGCCUGUAUAUGUGUUGCCGGAACAUUUUCCCUCUAAAGCCAGACAAACCAUCUGCAACAAUCCAAACAGACAUUCACCAAUGGGACGGACGGAAAAGGAACGAAGGACUUAAAAAUGAGAUGCUACCUAUGAUUGUUAAAUCAGCCAAAGUAUUUGACUCCCUUUUCUGAUGGCAGCAUUGUGCGUUUGGAUGAGAAAGGACCGCUCCUUGUGGGAUCCGAACUGAUUUCCAUUCGGUGGACAGAACCCUUGAGAAUUGUGGAGGCCUUAAAUAUCAAUCCAAGUGUAAAGGUUGAUGGAUUUUCUUCUGUUUGUAUGUUUGUCAAAACGAUGACAGAUGACGACAAGGAAUACCGGGGCCAUUCGGGAUAGAUUGAGGAAAAUCUCCAUGCACGUAAAGUAUCUUAUUACAUGUUUAUAUACGGUGCAAAGACUAUCUGUGUGCUCUCUGGACUGUGGCUGAAGUGGUGUUUUAUAGCCUGUUAUAUAGAUGAUGCCAACUACAGUAUACCUGCUCUUCAAACUUUUUUUUUUUUUUUUUUUUUUUUUUAGAAAAAACCAAGGCGAAAACAAAUGAAAAACAGAAAAUUAAAUGUUAAUGUGUUGCUAUAGCGAUAGAACCGUUUCUGCCAUUAGCUAUACAGAUUUUAUUUUCCCUCCUUUAUGUGCAUCUCCAACAUCUGUUCUUUUUGACAUACUCCUUUUUUGUUGAAUUUUUUGUUUUGAUUUUUUUUUGUGUCAACAUUAAAAGACGAGUAUGAGUAUAGGUUUUGGAAAGCAAACAGACAUGUGGAAAAUAAGAUUUUGGACUGUUUAAGCAAUAUCCUCUUGCUUGUCUUAGUGACCAAACAAAUUAUGCAUGGUAUUUAGGACUCCGAGUCUACCGAGAGACAAUAUCAUAAUCUCAAAAAGUAACAAAUGAAUUCAGCCCCCCAAAACAGAGUAUUGGAUUAUAGCUAAAAAGCACAAAGAUAGCGAAAACAACCCUUCAAAAGUGUUUGCAAACAUUCUUCUCUCUGCUAUCUUGUACUGUGUGGAAUGUACAAGAGGUAUAAAAUAUAUGACAUUCUGAAUAAAAUGUUGCUUUUUGUUUUUUGUGUGUUUUUUAUUUGUGUACAAUUUUUCUAUAAUACCUUCUUUUGUUUUUAUUGUGACAAUUCUUUGAUGACCUCAAAGUGAAGAUUUAUUAUGAAAAAAUAGUUUUGAAAAAUCAAAUGAAUAAAUAAAAUAUUAAGACCUAUGAAAGCUUUUGUUCUUUGUUCUUUAUAUAUAAAUCACAUUAAAGGGCU